ACCGCGCCCAUCGAUCUGCCGGCAUCCUCUAGCAGCGCGCACUUCGGCACUAGCAAGUGCGGCAGUUCGAGGUGUCAUCUAUCGCACGAUACACGCGAGCUAGCUAGUAGAUGGCUACCUGCACGGUGGGCAUGUCGACGCGCGGCCGCGGCGGCGACCAGCCGGCGGUGCGCAAGGGGCCGUGGACGCUGGAGGAGGACAUCAUCCUCGUCGGCUACAUCUCCGAGCACGGGGAAGGCUCCUGGGACAACCUCGCGCGCGCUGCUGGUCUGAACCGCAACGGAAAGAGCUGCAGGCUGCGGUGGCUCAACUACCUGCGGCCGGGCGUGCGGCUCGGCGGCAUCACGCCGGCGGAGGACGCGGCCAUCCGGGAGCUCCACGCGGCGCUGGGCAACAGGUGGUCCAAGAUCUCCAAGCACCUCCCCGGCCGGACCGACAACGAGAUCAAGAACUACUGGAGGACCAGGAUCCAGAAGAAACCGGCGGCGGCGCCCAAGGCGACGACGACGACCCCGCCGCGUCAGCAGACGCCGGCCGUCAGCGAGGGCGCCAGCUCCGCCGCCGGGGACUACUACUGGUGCAGCACGAAGCCCGAUCCCGAUCAGGAAGCCGCGUACUACUACCAGAAAGCCGCCAUGGCAGCUGCUGCGCCGACGGCGGCGGCGGCUGCCGUCAGCGGCGAGGGCGGCGCGUCGACCGCGCUGACGGGCCAGGACAGCCCCACCGCCGGAGACUGGCACGUGCAGCAGUCGAGUUGCUGCCCGGACUACUCGGAGCUGAUGAGCUCGGCCGCCGCCGGCCACGGCGAAACGGCCGUCGGCGUGGACGCUCUGACGCCGCUGCACUGGUUCUCGUCCCAGUUCAGUGACACCUUCUGGAACGCCGUGGAGAAUUUCUGGGAGACAAAACCGGUCGCAGAUGCAUUCUGAAGAGUGCACAUGGCAGCCGGCAAAUUGUUUGUGGUACUCGUUCAGUGUUGAUCAGUAGCUAGCUAGCAAGAACUAUUAGCAAGGUCGAUCGGUAAACAAGUGCAAUGCUUAGGAGCACAAACGCUUCUUGAAAGUUACUACAAUACUAGUUGAACGAUUGCUCUGGUUGCCGUA